AUGGUUCUCACGCACACAACCGCGCACACCUACUCCCAUCCGUUUCCGACCGUCACCCUCGCCUAUUUCCUCCGCUACUCUUCUCCCAAGCUCAAUCCCUUUGCUGCCCAUGUUCUGAGCACCGACACCAUCUCCAGCUAUGUCGAUCCCGAGACCCAACGGCUCCACACAACCAGAAUUCAUCUGAAGAAGAGCCGUAUGCCCGGAGCAGUUUACAAGCUGCUGCCGGCUAGUGUCACGGGCGGCGGCAGUGGUGACAAGGCUUCGUAUAUUCUUGAGACGAGCGUUGUCGAUAUCAAACAGGGGUGGAUGCAGACCGAGAGCCGCAACCUUAAUUUUACCGGCGUUCUCUCCGUUAUUGAGCAGCAAAACUUCAAACUCCCGACCGAGAGGGUAUCAAGCGAAACUGAUGUGACAACAUCUGUAAUUUUCCGGUCGAGACUGGGCGAGAGACUCCGUGGAAAGUUUGGCCAAGCUCAACAGGAAGGCGGACUGCUCUCUGGCUUCAUCGGCGGCUGGGGUGCCAAAGGCGUCCAGCGUAGCAUCGAGAGCCUUGCUUCCACCAAGACUCUUGACCAGCUUGGCAAGAGCCGCGACGGCAUGCGACUUGUCCUCGAACGAAUUCGCAACAAUGGCGUCAUGGGAGUCUUGGAAAGCCUCCGACGAGAACGCCAACGACAAGCAUUGGGCGGUUGA